GGGUCCGCGGUGCUUCAUGGUGCCUCCCGGUGCGGGGGCCCCGUGCCUCGGUGGGUGGUCAGUUGCAUCUUCUCCGGGAGUUACUUGUUGCUGGAGCAAUUUUUGAUGUCUUCUUGUCUGAAGAACCUCCAACUGCUCUGUUGAUAGCCCAGGAAGACUGCAUGCUGUUCACUCUUGAUGCCAAGCCAGGCCCUCUCAGAAUCCCGGAUCUUAGUCCUUCAUGGAGACGAGCUCCCAGCAGGAAUGGCAGUGCAGGAAAUUGGCACCCAGAUGGUCCCGCCAUGUGAAAUUGUCACGGGCUAUGGGCUGACGUGAGAACGCCUGGUAACUGGACUUGCCCUCUGUCAGUCACCCAGAGCAGGACAGCAUGGUGCGGGUUCACAGGAGGAGGCUUCUGGCAUCUUGCCUGUGCGUGACAGCUACUGCCUUUCUGCUUGUCACCCUCCAGGUAGUGGUUGAGCUGGGAAAGUUUGAGAGGAAGAGCCUGAAAAAUUCCAAUCUGCAAGAUGGAUAUAAAAAAGUGGAAGGAGAGCCUAAACUUCUCAAUCCAUUUCUUAAGAAAGAAGCCUUGACCUUGAGUGGGAAGAAAACGUUGGAAACUGGCAGUUACCCCAUUAUGCUCUGGUGGUCUCCACUGACCGGUGAAACUGGGAGACUGGGCCAGUGUGGGACAGAUGUGUGUUACUUUACCAUCAACCGCACCUACGUCCAUCAUCACAUGACCAAGGCUUUCCUCUUCUAUGGUACUGACUUUAACAUAGAUAGCUUACCUCUGCCUCGGAAAGCCCAUCAUGACUGGGCCCUUUUUCAUGAAGAGUCUCCGAAAAACAAUUACAAGCUUUUUCAUAAGCCAGUUAUAACGUUGUUUAACUACACAGCCACAUUCAGUAGGCAUUCCCACUUGCCACUGACUACCCAAUACUUGGAGGGUGUAGAAGUCCUGAAGUCACUCCAGUACCUAGUUCCUUUGCAGUCCAAAAAUAACCUAAGGAAAAGACUUGCUCCGCUGGUGUAUGUGCAGUCAGAUUGUGACCCACCAUCAGAUAGGGAUAGCUAUGUUCGUGAACUGAUGACUUACAUUAAGGUGGAUUCCUACGGUGAGUGCUUACGAAACAAAGAACUCCCUCAGCAGCUGAAAAAUCCAGCCUCUAUGGAUUCGGAUGGAUUUUAUAGGAUCAUUGCCCAGUAUAAGUUUAUCCUCGCUUUUGAGAAUGCAAUUUGUGAUGACUACAUCACUGAGAAGUUCUGGAGACCACUGAAAUUGGGGAUAGUCCCUGUGUAUUAUGGCUCUCCCAGCAUCACAGACUGGCUUCCAAGUAAUAGAAGUGCUAUUCUUGUAUCGGAAUUUGCACACCCCAGAGAGCUGGCAGAUUACAUCAGACGACUGGAUUAUGAUGACAGAUUGUACGAGGCCUAUGUAGAAUGGAAGCUGAAAGGUGAGAUCUCCAACCAGAGACUUCUGACAGCUCUCAAGGAACGAAAAUGGGGAGUGCAAGACAUCAACCAAGACAAUUACAUUGAUGCAUUUGAAUGUAUGGUGUGCAGCAAGGUUUGGGAUAACAUUAGGCUACAGGAAAAGGGCUUACUACCCAAACGAUGGAAGGCAGACAUUACCCACUUGAGUUGCCCAGAGCCUACCAUGUUUGUUUUCUCAUCUCCAGCUAUUCUGUCCCCACGUGCAAACUCUUUGCGAGAGAUGUGGAUACCAAGCUUCCAACAAUCUAAAAAAGAAGCCCAGGCACUAAGGUGGCUGGUCGAGAGGAAUCAAAAUUUUUCAUCUCAAGAGUUUUGGGCCCUAGUAUUCAAGGACUAAUUUCAAAGAAGCACCUGACUGACACAAGCUAGAGCCUUCUUGAGGUUUGUUUUCUAGAUUUCCCUAACAUUUGAAUAUAAUAGCUAUCCUUUACUAUCCUUCGGUAUAAAAAUUAAUUGCCAUAAUUUUCACAAUGAGCCCUAUCAAAUAAUAGCUGUGAAUUACCCUGAGGAGUUGCCUCUAUUUUUUCUACUAAAAAAGCAAAUAUAUUUUAUGGACAUUGGUCACCUUCAGUUUACAUAUUUGGACCCGUACCUGCUGCCUUCUGUGGAAAUUCAUGUAACCUAGAGCAAGUAUUUUCCUUGUUGUGAUGGAAGCAGAGGGUCUGGCUGUGGAUUUUUAAUAUUCACCUCACCAUCAGCAACUUACUGGUACUUGGCAAGCCCAGUGUCUCAUUGCUAAACACGAACAUGAAAUACAUUAGAACUUGGCAAUGAGAGAUUCCAUCUGUUGAAUAUAAGUGAGUAAGAAAAGCUGUGUCAAGAUCAUCCACUGUUGCUCUUUAAGUCAAAAGGACAUAAGCAUGUCUACUUUCCCUCUCCACCCUCAGCCCCAUCCCUAACCAUUUGUAUAUUCAUCACAUUCUAUAGUGGCCUCCUUUCAAAGUGGAAUGCCUUGUAAAGAUGUUACUCCUUUUUGAGUAAUUUGAUCAGUGAGAUGUCACCAAUUGUUCCUUACACUAUGUAGUAGAAUAGUAAGAAUUAUCUGACUCAGGUAGAUAGCUGAAUUUCCUCAAUAAGGCUGGAACCAACUCUUUUUAAAUGAGCAUGUAAUAAUUGUUCAAAGUCAGAGGUUUCAUUAUAUAUGCCUGCUCAUGCAUGCAUAUAAGGUACUUUGAUCGUAUUUAUCCCUCUAUUGCUCUUUCUUAUUCUCUUCCAAUACCCUUUUUCU